AUGACACCGGCCCAUCUGAUGGCGGCCAGAGGUAAGCAAAACAGAUCACGCGUUGGGAAUAAAUGGAGAGGCUUCUUGCAGAUACUAGGUCGCGUCACGCUGGUCACUAUCGUCGGAGCCGCCGGUACGUUUUGGUACAUCACCUACAAGGAUCGCAACCCCGGUCCUCAGCUUCCACUUGAUCCUUCAAAAAAAAUUCUUGUCAUUCUCGGCAGUGGGUGGGGUGCCACUAGCCUUCUAAAGGGUCUGGACACAACCGAUUACAAUACCAUCGUUAUUAGUCCGAAGAAUUUCUUCCUCUUCACCCCUCUCCUGCCAUCUGUCGCGGUCGGUACGCUAGGCGCUAAAUCGAUAUUGCAACCAACUCGCUAUGUUGCCCGUCACAAGGCUCGCCAAGUGUCCGUCAUAGAGGCAGAGGCUACGAAUGUUGAUCCCGUGAACAAGACAGUCACCUUCACAGAUACAUCUCCGCUCCGCCCACUUGAACCAACUCGGACGAUUCCUUAUGACUAUUUGGUAUAUGCCGUCGGAGCGGAAACACAAACUUUCGGAAUCCCAGGUGUGAAGGAACGUGCGUGUUUCAUGAAGGAGAUCGGCGAUGCGGAACAGAUGCAGGCGCGCUUUUUAGAUUGCAUUGAAACAGCUGCCUUCCCUGGCACGAGCGAAGAAGAGAAGCGGCGGCUAUUACAUAUGGUUGUGGUCGGUGGCGGUCCGACAGGUAUUGAGAUGGCAGGAGAGUUGCACGAUUUCCUUGAGGAAGACCUCAAGUCAUGGUAUCCGGAACUCCACCCCUAUGUGCGGAUAACGCUCGUUGAAGCUCUUCCCUCGGUGCUGCCAAGUUUUAGCAAAGAGCUGAUUGCGUACACGGAAAGGACGUUUAAGGAAAGUAAAAUUGAUAUCCUCACAGGGACCAUGGUCAAAGGAGUGAGUGAAGGGAGUGUACGACUGAAACCCAAAGACGGCGAGGAGCAUGAUCUGCCUUGCGGGUUGGUAGUUUGGGCUGCAGGCAACAAAGCACGGGACAUCUCGCGUAAUUUAAUGGCGCAACUGCCAGAUCACCAGACAAACAAGCGUGGAAUUCUGGUCGAUGACCACCUGCGUAUGCUCGGUGCACCAUCCAUCUUUGCUAUAGGCGACUGUACCGCCACUUCCUAUGCGCCAACCGCACAGGUUGCAUCCCAGCAAGGCGCGUAUCUUGCGCGGAUGUUCAAGUUGAUAGCGAAGAGGGAUGAAUUAGCGCGUAAACUCGACGAACUAAGCAAAACGAGCGAUGGCAAAGAUUUGGAAGCAUCAAAGAGUAAGGAGACAGAAAGUCUGGCAAAGCAGAUUGAGAGGAUUAGGUUGAAGCCCUUCCAUUACUCACAUCAGGGGUCACUUGCAUACAUUGGCUCAGAUAAGGCAAUUGCCGAGUUACCCAUCUUUGGGCGAGAGUGGACCAGUGGUGGUGUCGCAACCUUCCUCUUCUGGCGAAGUGCAUAUUUAAGUACGCUUUUUUCUCUCCGGAACAGAGCUCUCGUAGCCGGCGACUGGAUGCGUACUAAAUUCUUCGGGCGGUGA